AGUUGAUCAGGUGUAGAUAGCCAUGCCCGAGGUCUCCCAUUUGGGUUGGGGCCAUUGGUAUACUCUUAGAGAGCUUGAGGAUUCAGCUAAUGGGUUCGCUGACGAGAGUGUAAUCGGGGCGAGGGUGGGUAUGGGGAUUGUUUACCUUGGAGUCUUUGAGGAUAACACCCAGGUUGCUAUCAAGAACUUGCUCAAUAACAGGGGGCAAGCUGAGAGAGAGUUCAAGGUUGAAGUUGAAGCAGUUGGAUGUGUUGGGCAUAAGAAUUUAGUGAGGUUACUGGGUUAUUGCACUUAAGGAGCUCAU